CGUUCAAAUAGCAGCUACACACUACUGCUUUCAGUACAGCUGCCACACUCCAACGGAGGUCCAGGGCUUAGUAAAACAAAUACUUUUGCACAUUUACUACAUCAUGGACGGGCCUCAGUGAACACAAAUGAAGUUUUAAUGCCUUACAGUGGAGUUUCUCGACCGACUGACGUUUUGUGUAUAGUGUAAGGAAACAGGACACAAAAAGGUGGAAAAUGUUUUGGGUUAACGCGUCCGGUAGGCUAGCACAUCUGCACUGAGAUGACUAAGAUGGAAUUCAGGCAAACCCAGUCGUGGAAAAUCAUCGAGAGCAGUACAUCUGGAUUGAAUAACUGGACUUGACAAGAAAGGGGUUGAGAGCUUGCGCCGCUUAGCAGAAUGUUCAUGAAAUGCAGAAGGGUGAGAAAAUGGCAUUUUCUACAGCUUGUCUCCAUGUGCUGUGUCAUGUCAGUCCUUAUGGUUUGCUGGGACCACGUGGACCAAAGCGUGGUGAACCAUGUGAAGUCCUACUCGUAUCGUUACCUAAUCAACAGCUACGAUUUCAUCAACAAAAGCCUCAGCGUCAGCCCAAAGGAAGCUGCCAGGUUUGGUAGCUUCCCCUAUUUGAUAAACAACGAGGAGGUUUGUAAAGACAAAGACGUGCUGCUUCUCCUCUUCGUGAAGUCCUCCCCACGAAACUUCAGAAGACGACAGGACAUUCGCUCCACUUGGGGAAACGAGGCCUACAUAAGUCAAGAGCUGGGUGUUAUUGUAAAAGUAGUGUUUGCUAUGGGAGUUCACCCUGUGGUGCAUGACAAAUUGCACGAGGAAUUACACAAGGAGCAAAAGAUACAUGGUGACCUGGUUCAGCAGGACUUCCUUGACACGUUCCACAACCUCACUGUGAAACUGCUGCUUCAGUUCCGCUGGACGCACGAAAACUGCGCGCAUGCCCGCUUCUUCAUGACUGCGGAUGACGACGUCUUCAUCCAUUUGCCCAACCUGGUGCGCUACCUUCAGGACCUCAGAAGACAGAACGUGCGCAACUUCUGGGUGGGCCACGUUCACAAGGGGGCACCUCCCAUUCGCAGCAGGGACAGUAAGUACUAUAUGCCCUUCAACAUGUACCAGUGGACGUCCUACCCAGAUUACACCGCCGGGGCAGGGUACGUGGUCUCUGGCGACGUGGCAGCCAAAAUCUAUCAGGCCACGCUGUCUCUGAACGCCUCUUUGUAUAUUGAUGACGUCUUCAUGGGUAUCUGUGCCAUUGCAGCGGGCGUCUCGCCUCAGGAACAUGUUUAUUUCUCGGGAGAGGGGAAAACCCCCUAUCACCCGUGCAUCUAUGAAAAAAUGAUCACCUCUCAUGGACACGAGGACGAUAUUAGGUAUCUGUGGAAGGUUGCGACCUCCCCGCAGGUAAAAAGUAUUUCGUCUGGACUGAUUGGGAAACUCUAUUGUGCGGCUGUGAAAAUGACGCUGCUUUGUAAGCCGUACUUUACGAACACGUAUUCAUGCAUAGCAGCUUUCACAUGACGCACUAUGAAGUCUGAGCAGUAUUUCAUUUUCUCUCUCUCUCUUGUUUACUUUUGCUUUACAUGUUAAAUAUUUUGUCAGUUCAAUAAAGUUAAAAGCUGUGCGCCCUAAGCAUUUGUUUUGCACUUUUUUUAUUUUAUUUAAAUGUAUUUAAUUUUCAUGGACAGUGUA